UGUACAACAGUUAUGGUUCUAUACUGAAUAAUAAAAACGGGUCAUAGCUACAAAUCCGUGUUUAAACAAUACGAGCAGAGAACGUGGCAAACUUAGAUCGUUCUGCGAGACAACUAGCAACGUGUACUAAAAACACGAAGAGUUCGUGAAAAUAGAACGCUGUAUUCGGUUGCAUGCUAUAAAUUGCUUGCCGUAAAAUUACGAUAUGGCGUGGAAAAUGCUGUUUGCGAUUGGCACAGGCGGCUGUCAUUCUUGAAGCAUCGUCUUCAGGUUGGCUGACUCAUCAGACCAGAGCGGCUUAUCCCGGUUUGCAGGUUGAUCCAGAUUGUUUUUGCCUGGCUACGAAUCUUUCAGUCCAGCCCAUUCCUCUCACUGACUGAAGCUGCGGGUUCAGCGGGUUGCUGCAGAAGGAGUGGCUGUGAGCCUCACAUCUCUUGCUGGAAUCUCAGCCUGCGCCUUCCAUCCGAUUUCCCGCAGCCUCUCCCCACUGUCUAUCCAGUGGACUAAUUAAUUAUCAAUGGAAUUGAAUCUGAGGCUCUGACUUUAAAGCUAUUUUAUUUGUGUCGGGUGACAGACGUCGGAGUAAGCAAGGCAAGAAACAGCGUACAUCAAGGCCACAGGGUGUUGGUUGAUCACAAAAAAAAAUGGGAACGGUCCUCUCUUUAUCUCCGGCAUCAGGAAAAGGUGGCAUUCUCGACGAGAAGUCUGACUCAGUGGGAGGAUACGCGGCUAUUCCUAACAGCAAAAAUGGCAAAACGGAGAAGAGCCUGAAGAGACACUCAGUUUUGAUUUCGGCUCUUACAUGGAAAAGGCUGGUGGCCGCCUCGGCUAAGAAAAAGAAUGCUAAGAAAGUUAAUCCGAACCCCCCAGCGUCGCAGGCUAACAACAACCCGGUCGAAAAGCUAAAUAACGAAAACCUGAAAAAAUCGCAGCAGCCGGGCUCGGAUCGGAAAGGAUCACAUCGGGACCAGAAGUCUGGACCCCUCGCGGUACCGGUACCCACUGUACCCAACCAGAGCCUACAUCCCAGUCAAACCCAAAACGUCUCACAGAAUGGAAAGCAGCUCAUAUCGGUUCAGAAGCAGCCUAGCAAUCGCUCCCUCAUCUCCCCAAGACGCGUGAUUGUUCAGGCAUCUACAGGGGAGCUAUUGCGUUGCCUCGGCGAUUUCAUGUGCAGGAGAUGCUUUAAACUCAAGGAGCUGAGCCCCAACGAGAUCAUCCUGUGGUUCCGAAAUGUGGACCGAUCCCUCCUGCUUCAGGGAUGGCAGGAUCAAGGCUUCAUCACACCCGCUAACCUGGUGUUUGUCUACUUGCUUUGCAGAGAAGCCGUGAGCGACGACAUAAGCAGUGAAUAUGAACUUCAAGCCACCUUCCUGACCUGCCUCUACUUGGCUUAUUCGUACAUGGGUAACGAGAUAUCUUACCCUCUAAAACCCUUUCUAGUUGAGACCAACAAGGAGGUCUUCUGGGAGAGAUGUCUGCAGGUCAUUGAUAAAAUGAGUGCCAAAAUGCUGCAGAUCAAUUCCGAUCCACACUUCUUUACUCAGGUAUUCCAGGACCUGAAAAACGAAGCAGGAACUAGAGAAACAAAUGGACAGUGGACUAUCAAUCUGGAUCGCUAAGUAUAGAACAAAUGUUAGAGUAGGAGAAAUAUUCUGCUGCACCCAUGAAACGGGAGGCUGGUUUUAGGGUCUAGAUUCUGUGAAAGCGAACAGGUAAUGUGUACUGGAGCCUUCGAAUCAAAAGAGACUGGGAUAUCCCUUUGCUGACAAGAGAUGUUUCGUGUUGUAAAUCAGUGUAAUAUAAAUACCCCCUUGCUACUGUGAAUCACAGUACACUGGGGUUAGAUUAAGGGGCAGUUACGAGUAAAUAAAUGCAUGCCUAAUGUGUAUUCCAAUUGUACCUUCAUUGUGGCUUUAAAAUGGGUGGUGAUGCAGAGCUGCAGUGGAGCAAAUAAAAUGUUAGCUAGUAUGUCAAUGUUUAGAUAAUUUAUUUAUAUAAAUAUUUUAAUUGUAAAGGAAGACGGAAGAGAAAUAGCAGUAUUAAAGUUUGGGGUUGGAGAUGGAGCUAUCCAAGGUGCUGGCCUUUAACGGACAUAUUGCACAUUACUAUGUUGAACCUCAUGCUAUUUGAAUGUACAAUUUUACAAAGAAAUGUUACUAUACCGUCCUAUGUGCCAAUAUUGUUAAAGUAUAAAACGUAUUGUUUUAUAUUGUAUAUUUAAGAAAAAUAUAUAUAUAAAUACUAAUGACAUCUGGUUCCAUGAUAUUGAAUUCUUAUUUUAUUUUUUACUUUGUUAAAAAAUUCAAAAUGAUUUAGAGUGUAUGUACAAGUGAGUUUCAUGAAUGUGGAUGCUGCAACUGUAUCCUUGUCAUUGUGCACUAUUUAUUAAUGACAGAUCUGGCAGUACACCUCACACUUUAACAGAUUUGUCUAUGUGUGGAAUACCGAUUUUCUAAGAUCGGUGUUUAGAUAUAACAAUGACGUUCAAGACACAUUAGAUUUAAACUCGUUAAUUAUAUUUAGCCUUAAAGAGGCGGAUUAUCUGUUGUUUAUUAAGUUUAUUAACGUACUUUUGUAUUUAUAAUGUUUAAUUAUUCUGCUAUGAUUAAAUAAUCACACAUAUAAGAUGUAUGUGUUUGAUGAAUAAAAUAAGCCUAAUCUGUGAUCUUUUAUCCAAACACUGGAACGAAACUAGUAUUAUUGUAAAUAUGUCAAUUUGUAGCUGUUCAAGAAAGCAGUGGUUCAUCGUCUUUUUAAAGAUCAAAUCCCUUAAUUAAAUCAACUGAAAUCUAUCUUUUUUUGCUCCUCAGUGUUCUAAUUUGUUCUGCCCAAGACUUAAAAAAUAGCGAUUCGGCUAAUCCUCAUAGAAAUUCUAACAUCGUAUAUUUUCAAUUUGCAUGUUGCUUCUUUUCCCUAGUAAAUGAAUUAGAAAUCAGCAACAUUUUUAAACGAAACCUUUCUCGGUCACGUCAUCUCCCAAAGAGAUCCAUGUUUACAUAGAUAUAUUCUUGUGCUGUAGAUUUGUGUGACCUAUGAUCCAUUCAACAAAAACACCAACAUACACCUGACCAGUAAAAGACAUCUUAAAUGAAAGAAGACCCAAGGAAUUUAAGAGCUCGUCAGGGCUGUCCUUGGAAUUUGUCAGGGUGCUUCACUUGCAGUCGCUGGUCCUGGUGCUGAAAACAACCUACAGUAGUACUGUAGCUCAGCCAGCUUACCUGAUAGUCCUAUUUAUUAUUAUUAUUAUUAUUAUUAUUAUUAUUAUUAUAAGACCUACAGAUCUUGACAGAACUCUCAAUGAAUAAACUUAUAAUUUCAAUUCAAUUCAACCAUUUGUCACUAUACUUACAGUACACAGGUGCAUAGUAUAAUGAAAGUGUUUCUCAUU